AUGUUGGGCGCACUGGGCGCAGGAAAAGUAUACGCUGCAAUCACCUGUAAGGGCUCUGCGCUCAGCAACGAAUGUCGACUGUCUCACUUCUUUGCAGUCAUCGAGGCCCACAAUCUGCUCGAAGACCAGGUCAAGGGGACAUCGUUUGGAUGGAAUCGUUCGAGCAAGCCCCGCCACUUUUACGCCAUCUUGGCCAUCAAUGACCGUUCGGACGCAGAAUUUGAGCUCGUCGUCCAGGACAGGAAGUCAGACAAGAAGGUAGUAAAUAUCCCUAUGAUCUUCUUUGCCGACCCAUGUACCAAGGUCGAAAUCAAGCUUUACGAGGGCAACAACAACGAGCAUGAUAAGAAACAUUCACAAGUUCUUGCUGAAACUCAAGUGCCACUGGGGUCCUUGAAUGGUAGAGUUGUGCUCAGACGAUGCCAGCCGGGAUCGUCGACAGACGUUAUCCUUGUCUUCGCUUUCAACGCCGCCAGCACCUUUCAGGAGCUUCCUGGGACAUCGGAUUCCGCAAUCAAGGCCCUUAAGAGUCGCUUGGAGCUUCCUCCUAAACUAAUCAAAGCCUUUGAUCAUCUGUGCUUCUUUAUUAAGAUUGGGGCUGCGAUAGCUGAGCUCAACAGCUACGCCAAGGUUGCCUUAGGGGUGAUCGCACAAGUCUCUUCGGUCAUCAACAAGUACCUUGAGGGCAAAGACCGUGUAAUCUCUUUGUUGGAGGACAUUGGCGACGUCUGUAGUGAGGUCAAGGAUCUUGAUGACGAAAAACACGGUGAACUACGCUCGAGGCAGCAGGCGGCGUGCCAGGCCUUAUUUCCGGUGAUUUAUAAAUGUCUCCACUACGUAUGCACACUCGGAAAGCUAGAUGUUGUCGAGAUGUCCAUCACAAGGACAGUAAAGGAACGGCUCGACGAAAACCGCAAGCUGCUCAAGAAGGCUUCGGAGAAAGUGAAGUCUGCCCGAGGACUAGACACGCAGGACGCGGUGUUCCGCACUCUACACACCGUCGGCAGCGUCGACGAGAAACUGGAUCAUAUUAUUGGCAGACUCGCCCUACUCCCUGCUUCCAUAGGGGUUCACAGCAACUGCGAUUCAAGCUGGGUUUCUCACAACACUUUGCACACUGCAGCACCCCCGGGAGUCCUCAUUAAGGCGAACCCUAAUUUGGAAUUGUUUGACUACAGUCCUUCCAAAGAACUCGAACCAUACCAGACUAUCAUAGUCUGCCUCUCUCAUAUAUUACAGCACCUUCGCUCGUUCUCAACGCAUUUGCCCCGCGGCGACUCCAUUGCAGACAUCUGCACCAAAGCUGAUGAAUUAGUGGGGCUAAUAAAAUGCGUAGCAAGGGCAAUCCGCCGUAUUGGAUUCGCGUUCCCGAUGUUCAACUCCCAUACCGUCUUCCUUCGCAUUGAGGCAUACGCACUUGCGUGUACCACCUUAUUAAAGGGCUUCCGGGAGGCCCUUGGUAAACUCAAGCCCCACGAACAUCCUUCACGAACAUCCCGGAAGUCAGAAAAGAUCAGCCUCGCUUGGGGCCUGGUCACCCAACCGUUCAAAUCUUCCAAACAUGCACACAAAGCAUACAACAUGCCGGGCAACAGGACCACCUGCCAGUGGCCUGCGUUGUCCGAACGCCUCCGCAAUCACCUUUGUCACUGUCGAACUGUAAUGAUACAGUUUUUAUGCAUGCUUAUCUCAUCAGAUUUUAUCGCAGUGUUUGGCAUCCACGACCGAGAAUUGGAAAAUCUUACUUCGACUCUCACCCCUUCCUCUUGGUAUGACAUCAAAUACGACAAUGUCGACUCGAUCUGGGUUCGGGAGCCAGGAAGCCUCCUGUACAGCAUUCCUCUGAGUUUCUGCGAAACAUGGAAUGAUUUCGCAAUGGUCAUAUACCAGCACUGCAGAAAUGGCCCGGGGAUCGAGUAUAUCCGGCGAGGAGUUUGGGAAAUCGUGCACAGAGACGACGGGAAGGCUGCUACCGACGACGCGAGCUUCGCUAACGCCCUCAGACCCGGGGCGCACUUCAAUAUCGGGCACAUUGUGCAACGGCUGGCAGCGACGCUCCGGACCUGCCCGCAUUGCGGCCAAUGCAACCCUGGUGGUGCGCCCGAAGACGGCUGGAUUCGUUGCCAGGCCAACGGUGCGAUAGGGAGUUUCGUCUUUAUUGUCUUUGAUCGUUUGAAGCUUGAAGCUUGA